AUGGACAGCAAAGCUGGAAGAGACGACGACGUCGCUGGUCGAGCGUCCUCGACACGUCAACUCGGGCCCGGCGGCGAUAACAAUACACUCCAACUGCCUCCGUCCCACUCGUCUCUCUCGGUGCGCAGCGAUUACGACGAUGCCAGCAGUGCCGGUUACAUGACUGCCUCUUCCAGUCGCGUCUCCCAACUAGACUCCGAGCCGCUCACUGCGCUGCCUCGUAUCAACUUCGAAUCCAUGCAAUCGUCGACGCCGAGAAAGGGUUCCAGCCCAGCAAGCAGUCCUUCGGUAGACUCGAUCAAAGGCGGAGACAGCAGCAGCGGCAACACCAGUCAGGCCAACAUGACAAGUCUCAGCUCAGUGACUACAUUCGUUCCGAGUACGCUUUCAGACCACGAGUCGUCGUCCGAGGACGAUGAUGACAACCUGCUAUCCGAGACUGACAAAGAUACUGCUCGAGUGAGCACCGACUCUGACUUCGUCCCAAGCUAUGACUUUGACCUCCGCGAUGCACACGAACGCACCAUGUACGCACAUCACGGCGAAGACGAUGACCAAGAUCAUGCAACCGAUGGGACGAACGACGAUCAGACGCUCACUCUCCGCGAAGGCGAUGUCAUCACCGUCAGCCACUCCCAUUCCACCAGCAUCAACGCCUACUUCGACUCAACACCUCAUUCGCGAUCCACAUCACAACACGGCUCCUCUUCCCCGCGCGAAGCGCAUUCUCACCACAAUUCGUCCUUUUCCGUGAGCCUGUCCUCCUCAUGGCCCUCUCUCGCACUCCCUCCGUCCGCAGUCAAACUUCACCGCAAGAGGCGCAGCAUCCUCGUGCGUCUGCUCAAAACAUGGGAGGGUCGAGAACAAGUCCUACAUCUCACCCACUCUCUCGUCCUCCUGUUCUACUCAUCUCUCGAUCAUCCUGUACCGCAGACUUAUCGCGGUGCGCUGCUCCGACCAGCUGGCACCGUACUAGCCAUGUCCUUUCCCAAGCCGGUCCGCGUAGCCCUCAUGCAGCGCAUCUACACCACCGCGGAGGGGAUCGACAACUUCCGUCGCGUCAUCCUCAUCGCUCGCUGGGUCACCUCCGCCACAGAAUCCGUCAUGGAGCAUUGGCAGCACAGACAGGAUCACAAACGACAGCUGAAGCGCGCAGCUGAAUUAGCGGAAAGAGAGCAGUUGGAGAUCAAGCUGACGGGCGAUGAACCGAUCGACACGGAGUCGGAUCACGUGGAAGCGGGAUUGAGUUGGCUGCAGCCUCCCAGCAUCUCACCUUUGGAUGCGAAUAGGGAUGGUGGGAAGGAGGGAGGAGAGCAGAGUUUCGCGAGGGCACCGGCGGCAAAACUGGGUAAGAUGACGGGGAGAGGAGAUGCUACGGGUGCGGUGGGUGCUGAUGUUGCUGAAAAUGCUGACGAGGAAAAGCACGACUCGGGAGCGGUCGGAAAGGCGACCCAGGCUCCCGCGAGUAGGGCGAGUAGUGCAUUGGCUCGAGUGUGGGCGAGCCUGUGGCGACUAUCACAUCUGGAAGCAGCAGCGGAGUCGCUAGCGACCAUCGGCGAAGCUUGCGAGACUGCAGCAGUCUUGGCGGGAGGUGGAAUGUUCUGGCGAGCCGUGGGAAUCCAACGUCUCGGCUUACCGUUCCUGUCACGGCGACGAAGACAAGGCAUUGAACGGUUGGGAAUCGUGCUGUCUCUCUGUUCGGUGCUGCUCAGCCUACUGGUUCUGAGGAUGGAACGCAAAGCGCUCAGGUCAGAACUCCGAUCGGCGCACCGAAGGAUUAUUCGCGCCAACGACAAGCUCGGAUGGUCAACAGAUGUGGCGGGGAUCACCAUCGAUCGUGAUCAGGCGAUGUCGCAUCGCAAACGAGAUCCUUCCGUCGGAUCCCGGUCCAGAACGAGAAGCGGAGAUCAGCCGCUCGAGUUGCUGGGUGCAGACAUGCAGGCUGUAGCACGCGAUCUCGAUGACCAGGAAGAAGUUUCCUCGUCUUCGAGCCUAUCGCGAUCAGAUUCUAACCUUUCCGAUGACUGGACCGUCGUACCCGACGUCGACGACACACACCCGCAUCCCUCCGCUUCCCGUCUCUACUCCGAACACCUCCCACAUCGACGCUCCCACCGCCGUCAUCACCAUCAACACUCGUCAGCGAAACCGCUCGACAUCUCCUCACUCCUCAAAUCAACCGAACGUUCGCUGCUUCGAGCCGAAUCCGACCUUCGCAAGACUAGACGUCGGAUCCAACUCAAGUUCUGGGAGAAAAUCGCAAACUGGUCCGAAGCCAUCUUCCUCAGCUACGAAGCUGCCUACCCUCACGUCGACAAGGACGGCGUUGAAGGUUGGACUGGGUUGGUGGCGAGCGGCAUUAGAUUGUCGAGUUUGUGGAGGCAGAUUAGCUGGAAUUGA